CUAUAUCUUUUUAAUGAUAAGCAUCGAGGCAUUUUUUAAGGAAAAAGAAAAAUGACAUUGAAGUAAGAUAAUAGGAUAAUAUUAAUUUGAGUGUUCUUUCUCUUUUCGUGUGAUUUAAAUCAAUUGAUUAACAGUUAUUAGAGGUUUUUGCACGAUAAAAUGAUGUUUCAUCAAAAUGCGUUGUUUUUGGCAUUGUUACUUGGAUUAAGCUGUAUCAUUUCUUCGAAGCAAACUGAAGUAAAUUGUCCUGAACAACCUCAUUCAGAGGAUUCAUGCCCUAGCUCUAAUACUCCGAAGCCACUGCCAUUAGCAUAUACUUGCAUGAGCAUUACAUACAAUGGCAAAACAGACGACAGAGCACCAAUUGUCGUUGUGCAUGGUUUUACUAUAUUCAAGGAAAUGUACAUAGAUAUAGCAAAAUACCUUGCUCUGAAAACAGCUAGAAAAGUAUGUGCUGUUGAUUUACGUAACCAUGGAGACAGCCCAUGGAGUGAUGAAACUGAUUCAAAAGCGAUGGCUUCAGAUUUGGCACUUUUCAUGAAAACAAUUGAUGCAGAUAAAUUAGUAGUAGUAGGACAUAGCAUGGGAGGAAAAGUUGCUUCCGACUUUGCCCUUACUUAUCCUGAUAAAGUGGAAAAGAUAGUUGUAGAAGACAUGAGACCGAAUGGGAUGAGUGAAGAAGCUCAACAAAUAUUUGAUCCCAAUCAAGAUUGGCCAGAAUUUUUAAGAAAACCCCUUCUUGACGGUUUAACUGAAUAUGAAGCUAAGGAGUAUAUUGUAAAUUAUUAUAGGAAAAUAUUUGAACAAAUGAAUGAAACUCUAAGGUAUGAUGACAAUUUCAAUGAAUUCAUUCCAAUCAAAUGCUCAGAAGGCAAAUGCAGUUACAAAUCGAAUAUUAAUGUCCUUCGCAAAAUUUUCGCAGAUCCUUUAAAGUUUUGGAAGGACAGCAGUGGUAAAUGUGAAAAACCAGCUCUUUUUAUACAUGGAGAAUUAUCUCCUUUCAAAGUAGCUGAUGUUAAAGAAGAAAUUGAAGAAUUAUUUCCAGAAGCUAAACUAUUCGAAGUGAAAGGUAGAGGUCAUAUACUGAAUCCUCAUAUUGAAUACCGAAAAGAAGUUGUAGAUUUCAUAAAUGCAAAAUAAUGAAGAGCCAAUGAAGAAAAUAAUGUAUGUGGAAUUUUCCUUCGAUUAGAUGGACGCAAAAAAGACACUUCUGUAUUUCAAUUUUAUGAUAUAGGUUGGAAAAUGUAAUAACACAAUUUGGCUUAUAGUUUUAAUCACGUGUAUUUAAAAUAAAAAGGCUGUCUUUUAA